GCAUCACGUAUAUAACACAGAGGAUAGUAGUUUUCCUCCUGCAGAGUAAUUGAUAGAGACUGCAUCACACGCACUCAAUUUUCCCAAAGUUGGGAGGAGGAAUUGACUUGAAACCCAGUUUUACUCGUCGUUACUGUUAUCCAAGAUGCGAUUCGCUACAGUGUUGCUUGUUGCCAUCAUGCUUAUAGUGAUGGUAGAAUUAUCAGAGACAAGACGACGUGGUGGUGGAGGCAGAUCUGGAGGCUCCCGUGGCUCAAGAGGCUCCAGAUCAAGUCGAUCGAGAUCUAGAUCUGGAAGAUCCAGCUCAAAACCCAAAAUCACCAAAUACACACCAAUCAAAGCCACCUCAGUUCGCUCCCCGGUGAUUGUCAAACAAACUAAAGUGGGUUCGCGUUCAAGCACCUUCAAGAGAGUUGUCUUUGCUUACGCGGUGCACCGCUACGCGCCCAGCAAUGCCCCUGUCUAUCGGCAGGGAUAUCCAAUGUACCGGAGUUAUGUCUCCAUCCCGAAGAAAAGAGCAGUGAGGGUUACCUUUGAGAGAGAAAGGCUGCUGGAUGACAAAGGAGAUUUGUGUUUGGAUACAUCAGCAGGGAGUCAAACUGUGAAGGAAGGAAUCGACGACCAUUUGGUUGACUUGAGAACCACGGUGAAGUACAAAAAUGGAGAAACGAAAACACUACACGGAGUCGGCAAAACAGUGUCGCUGGAAGACAUCAAGGAUCAAGACUUUGAAGUUGUGAGCCUCGCCAGUUACGACAUCAUUAUUGUGCCGGAAACAACUUGUACAAAGGUAGAGAAGACCGUCAAAGGUACGAUGGUUACCAUGUACGAGAAAAAUCCGAACGGCUCAAACAGACUGAACAUCAACAACAUACUACUCUCAAUCGUUAUUACGUUGUUAAUGUUUAUGAAUUAACAUGUAUUUCGUCACUGAAACAAGAGCGCUUAUUUUUCGCGCUUAUUUUUCGCUGGCAUCAAUAUGUUCAGCCCGACUCAGAGUCAUUUAUUUGGCUUUUAGACUGCUGAAAUCUCGAGCUCAGCUUGGAAAGUCAGUAACCUCUUUUAAAACUUCUAGUUUUUGAUGCCACAAAAUAUAAAUUAUUAACGACCCUCAACUGAGGAUGUUGUAGGAUUAUAAGUUGUACCAUGAUGAUUUGCACGUGGCUAUGCUAAAUUUGGAUUUGGCUUGUUUUUGCUUCGAUUUUAGUAAUCACAUUAAAUUUGUUUGAUAUGAAACGAUUUCAUUUCAUAAUUGUAGUUCAUAUGGGCUCCCUUUUUCGCGAAGUAAAGGAUUGACUUCUGACCGCAGGAGAUAGACCUACAUACGCCAUCGAGUAAAAAGAUAUGAU